AUGCUAGCUCUGAUCAGCUCAGUGCUCAGCUCCUUACAGUCCUACCCCGUAGCUUCAUUGCACUGCGGCCACGGCUAUAUAAAGCCGCUGAGCUGCGAGGCCACUGCACCGCGGCUUCGAGCAGCAUCUUUCUUCAGGAAUACUCCACAGCUAGCUAGCUAUAGCAGCCAUGGGGAGCAAGGGGGUGGUGGCGCUCGCGCUGCUGCUCUGCCUGAGCAGCGCGGCCGUCGGCGCGUGGGCUCGCCCGGUCGCCACCAAGGACAAGGACGCCGCAGAGGACGAGAAGUUCCUGUGGCUCAAGAAGCACUUCGGCAAGGGGCCGGCUUGGGAGGCGGUUACGGCGGCUAUGGUGGUGGUGGCGGGGGAGGCGGCGGCGGCUAUGGCGGAGGAGGUGGCGCUGGGCUGGGUGGCGGGAUCGGCCACGGCUUCGGAAAAGGUGGCGGCCUUGGAGGUGGCAUCGGCCAUGGCCUUGGUGGCGGGUACGGUAAGGGUGGAGGCCUUGGUGGCGGGAUUGGCCAUGGCAUUGGCGGCGGGUACGGCAAGGGUGGUGGCCUUGGAGGAGGGAUCGACCACGGCAUCGGUGGAGGCUACGGGAAGGGCGGCGGCCUCGGCGGAGGCAUCGGCCAUGGCCUGGGCGGUGGCUACGGAAAGGGUGGUGGCCUUGGCGGUGGAUACGGCAAAGGCGGCGGCCUCGGCGGCGGCAUCGGCAAUGGCAUCGGUGGAGGCUACGGGAAGGGCGGCGGCCUCGGCGGAGGCAUCGGCCAUGGCCUGGGCGGUGGCUACGGAAAGGGUGGUGGCCUUGGCGGUGGAUACGGCAAAGGCGGCGGACUCGGCGGCGGCAUCGGCAAUGGCAUCGGUGGAGGCUAUGGCAAAGGCGGCGGCCUCGGCGGUGGGCAUGGCAUGGGUGGCGGCUUUGGUAAGGGUGGUGGUCUUGGCUCCGGCGGUGGCUACGGUGGCGGCUUUGGCAAGGGCGGUGGUCUUGGCAGCGGCGGUGGAUACGGUGGCGGCGCUGGCGGUGGCUCCGCCGGUGGUUUCGGCAAGGGAUUUGGUUUCGGGUUUGGCAAGGGCGGCGGGUUCGGAGGCGGGGGAGGCGGUGGUGGCAGCGGUGGAGGCAUUGGCAUCGACGGUCAGCACUGA